AUGCGCAGAACACGAGAAGCUGUUGCAACACAAAGAAAAGUAGAGAGAAUAUACAAAGAAUACAUCGUUCAAACUGAGGAUGAUCGCAGACAAUUAGCUGAAUUGAGUAGCAUUAACGAUACAUUGGCAAACAAAGUCAGACAAUACAAACGACAGAUGGAUGAAGCCGAAGACAUUGCCAACUUGACAAUGAACAAAUACCGCAAAGCCAACGCCUUAGUUGAAGAAGCUGAACACCGAGCUGAUCUUGCCGAAAAGAACCUUACCACAGUCCGUAGAGCACGAUCCAUGUCAGUUACAAGGGAAGUGGUGUACUCAAUCUAA